AUGGUAUCAGAGCUACGGUACGACUCUUAUGCCGCCGCCGUCUCAGGCGCCGGCGAGAUCAAUCAAGGAGGACGCGUCGAAGCACCGAUCGAUCACGAUCAAUCACCAAACAGUAAUUCGACGAUUCUGCAAGCUCUAGAGGUGAUUCCGCAGCAGAACUUACCUCGGCAAAACCAGAGAAAUUACAAUGGAGAGGAACUGGAAAAUCCUUUCCUCUUCAGUUCGAACGACAACACCAGCCUUGUUCUCGUGAAUCCACCAUUAGUAGGCAGCUCCAACUACAAAUCGUGGUGCAUCUCCAUGAAAAUAGCCCUGGAGGUGAAGAACAAGUGGUGUAUAGUUGACGGUAGUCUUGUGGCAUCAAGCAGAGACAGCAACCAGUUUUCGAUCUGGAGAAGGUGCAAUCUCAUGGUGUGUUCGUGGAUCUUUCGAUCGGUGCACUUGGAUACAGCUAGUGACGUAUGGAAUGAUCUCAGGAGAAGGUUCGCACAGUGCGACGCUCAGAGGAUCUCAGCCUUAAAAAACGACAUUUACAACUUGAAACAAGGUAAUUUUUCAGUAAGUGAUUACUACACAAGAGAAGAGCGUGAGGUAGAUCAUGUGAUCCGUUUUCUUCAAGGACUGAGCGAUGAUUAUAGUGCCUUGAAAGCCAAUGUUCUGGUUCUUGAGCCUCUGCCAGAAGUUUACAAAGUCUAUGUGAUGGCGGAGAAGACAGAGAGGCAGCUCAACAUGGCUAAUUUGUUUGUAGGCAACUAUGAAAUUAACCACAUUAUUGUUGUCCAGAAUGCUCAAGUACCUACAGAAGAAAUGGUGGCUGCCAUUAACUCACACAAUGCCAAGAAAUAUACAAACAAUGGAAUGAACAAACCUAAAUGUGUCUUUUGUGGCAUGACCGGACACACCAUCGACAAGUGCUAUAAGAAGCACAGGCACCCUCCGGGAUGGGUACCCGGUUACAAGGCCAAGGCAAAGCAACAGAAUGCAGCACUAGUAAUCUGCAAUAUGAAUGACAUGGGAAUUUCUGCAGAACAAUUCCAAAAACUCAUGGCAACUCUUUAG